CCUUCGUCGUGGCCUACCUGAUUUACUCGUGGGGGACGCAGGAGUUCGAGCGGCUGAAGAGGAAGAACCCUGCUGACUAUGAGCACGACCAGUGA